AUGGAAGAUGAAUAUCCAGAGGAGCCUAGCAGCCGUGCUAGAUUUGAUGACACUGGAGAUGAAGAGAGGGAGGAGAACAUCGACUCCUUAGUUUUACAAGAAUAUGAUGUGACUAGAAAUUGCAUUCUCACUGAAAACUCCUAUGAGGUUGAUAGGAGUGAGCCAGGAAGAUUCACUGUUCAUUGCCCUUAUGAUAGGUGUAGGUGGAGGUUCCAUGCAUCCACUAUGCUAAAGAGCAAAUUGAUUCAGAUAAAAAACAACCCACACGGGCACACUUGCCCACCUGUAGGGGGAGGAGGAAAGGACAAAUCAAAGCUUGCAAAGACUAGGUGGGUGGCAGAUGCAAUCUUGGAUUGGGUGAGGGAAACACCAACAAUUGGUCCAAUAGCACUCCAUGGGAAGCUAUUUGAGAAGUACAAGAUUAAUGUACCUUACAUGAGGAUUUUCUAUGCUAAGGAAAGGGCUCUUGAUAGGAUUAAUGGUCCAUGGAAUGAGAGUUUUCAGUUGCUUUACACCUUCAAAGCUGAAGUGGAGACGGCUAGUCCAGGGAGUGAUGUAGAGAUUGACAAGCAUAUAGUUCAGUACAAAUUAAAAGGGAAGACAGUGGAGAAGGAGUGCUUCAGGAGGGCUUUUGUUUGUUUCAAGGCUUGCUGGCAGGGGUUUCUAAAUGGUUGUAGGCCCUAUUUGGCUAUCGACGCAACUACUUUGAAUGGAAGAUGGAGAGGCCAGCUAGCAGCAGCUUCUGCAGUUGAUGGACACAACUGGCUAUUCCCAGUUGCAUUUGGUGUGUUGGAGGCAGACUCCAAGGGGAGUUGGGUCUAG